UGUUUUGUUGUGCGGUUUCGUGGUUCUGGUGUUUUAGCUUCACAGUCAAUCAUGUCUGGUCGUGGCAAGCAAGGAGGCAAGGCCCGCGCCAAGGCCAAAUCGCGGUCGUCUCGCGCCGGCCUGCAGUUCCCGGUGGGCCGAGUGCACCGGCUGCUGCGCAAGGGCAACUACGCCGAGCGGGUGGGGGCCGGCGCGCCGGUGUACAUGGCGGCGGUGCUGGAGUACCUGACGGCGGAGAUCCUGGAGCUGGCGGGGAACGCGGCCCGAGACAACAAGAAGACGCGCAUCAUCCCGCGCCACCUCCAGCUGGCCAUCCGCAACGACGAGGAGCUCAACAAGCUGUUGGGCAAAGUCACCAUCGCCCAGGGCGGCGUCCUGCCCAACAUCCAGGCCGUUCUCUUACCAAAAAAAACUGAAAGCCACAAAGCCAAAAGUAAAUAAAACCCUGACAAGCCAAAGACCAAAGGCUCUUUUUAGAGCCACCCAA